GAACUAGGAGGGUUCGUGUUUCUUGGUAAAGAUAUAAUCAAUGACGGAGGUUGUUCUCCACAUAUACGAUGUGACGAACAGUGGAUCGGAGAAGACUAACAACACCAUUGUUCAGAUCAAUAGGUUCUUCAAAGACGGGAUCGGUCUAGGCGGUAUAUUCCACAGCGCCAUUCAGGUAUAUGGAGGUGAUGAAUGGUCUUACGGGUAUUGUGAACAAGGAACUGGUGUAUUCAGCUGCCCCAGUGGCAAGAAUCCAAUGUACACAUACCGUGAGAAAAUCGUCCUUGGAAAAACAGAUUGCACAAUCUUCAUGGUAAAUCAGAUGUUGCGUGAGCUCAGCAGGGAAUGGCCAGGUUACACUUAUGAUUUGUUGUCAAAAAAUUGCAAUCACUUCUGUGAUGUACUCUGUGACCGGCUUGGUGUGCCAAAGAUCCCAGGUUGGGUGAAUCGGUUUGCUAAUGCUGGUGACACAGCCUUGGAAGUGGCAGGAAACACAGCAAUGCGGAUGAAGCAAGCCAAAACUGAACUUGUGUCAGCUAGUAAAGUUGCGUAUCGCUUCCUCUCGAAUGUUACCUCAAACGUAACCAAUGGCUCCAAUGGCUCUCCUCAACGAUCGGGAACUCUCAACAAUUCAGAAAGCGGGAACUUGAGAUUGCAAGGUAGUUGGCUCAAAGGCUUACUUAACACAGCCAAACCCUCCACAAGUACAGAGAUAGGGAACAAAGAGGAAGAUGCAAAUCCUGCAAUCACCAGUCAGAAGAAACCAAGCCGUGACUCUGAUGUUCUACUGUUUCAGUAGCAACCGUACUGAUCCACCACAAUGCAUUCGGUUAGCUGUAUACCGGUCCAAAAGUCACACGCACUAUUCUCCUCGUCUGUAUCCAUUACUCUGUAUCAACGUUUGAACCCUUAAAAUUUUCUUCAGUGUUUAGCUCAACGUGUGCUUUUGUUAAGAUCAUUCUCGGUUGUUACGGUCAAAUCUUAACGUCAAAAGGUUUAUUAGUCUCAAUACACUAGAAAUUGUGGU